AUGUGUUCGUCGUCGUACGACUCCAUUCUCCCCGGACCACCGAGCCGAAGCAACUUAUCGGCGGCUGACAUCAGCCACUCCGGGCUACUGGCAUUUGCCUCUGGCUCAUCUGUCUCUCUGGUAGACUCACACUCUCUCCAGCUCAUCUCCACCGUCUCUCUCCCUUCCCCUGUCUCUCUCCCUUCCCCUGUCUCUUCUCCAACUUGUACAGUUACAGUUACAUCUGUUCGCUGGGCUCCUGUCCCCUUCCGGCGUGAUCCCUUCUCCUGCGAACUCCUCAUCGCCGUUGGUGAUCACCUCGGCCGCAUUGCUCUUCUAGACUUCCGCUUACGUUCUGUCCGCUUAUGGCUCGAACAAAGCUCUGACAAUGUUACCAGAGGGAAGAACAUCACCGCAAGCUGCGGCGGCGUACAGGACCUCUGUUGGGUAUUGGCUCGGCCUGAAUCAUAUGUCCUCGCCGCCAUUUCCGGUCCGUCUUCUCUCUCACUCUACACGGAUUCUGGAGAAUUAUUCUGGAAAUAUGAGUCAUCUCCAGAGGUCUUCUUAUCAUGCAUUCGUUCAAAUCCCUUCGAUUCCCGCUAUUUCUGCGUCCUCGGCCUCAAAGGCUUUCUUCUUUCUGUCAAAGUUCUUGGUAUGACUGAAACCGACGUUGCGUUGAAAGAGUUUCAUAUUCAAACUGAUUGCAGCGAUGUACAGAAGCUAGAACGUGAAGUCGUUGUUUCGACGUCUCCUGCAUCAACUCUCUUCCCUUUCUAUUCCGCAAGAUUCUCUUUCUCACCGCACUGGAAACACAUUCUCUUCGCCAUAUUUCCCAAAGAGCUCGUCGUGUUUGAUUUGAAGUACGAAGCAGCGCUCUACGCGGUAGCAUUACCACGUGGCUACGCAAAGUUUGUAGAUGUUUUGCCUGACCCGAGCCACGAGUCUUUGUACUGUCUUCACCUCGAUGGCAGGCUCAGCAUUUGGCGAAGAAAAGAAGGGGAACAAGUCCAUGUGUUAUGUGGAACAGAGGAAUUGAUGCCGGCGAUUGGAAACUCUGUACCAUCACCUUCUCUUCUGACUCUUUUAAUCUCCCAGUUGGACUCAACCCUCCAGAACAUGAGAAAGAUCCAUUCAGAUGAUGUUUUGGAUGAUUCUUUUGACUUCAACGAAGGUGUUUUUGAUUUCUGUUACAAGACACGUUUCAUAUCUAUAUCUGAUGAUGGUAAAAUAUGGAGUUGGAUCUUGAGUGUUAAAAGAGAUGAAGAAGAGUCUAAUCCUCAAACUAAUGAGGACUUGUUAGAGAAUCUCCAACCAAAUCUCUCUUUCGAGAUGUCUUUAGUUGGACAACUUCAGCUUCUCUCGUCCAAAGUGACUGUUCUUGCUGUACCAACACCUUCAAUGACAGCAACAUUGGCUCGUGGAGGGAAUUUUCCAGCUGUAGUAGUACCUCUCGUUGCUUUGGGGACUGAAGCUGGAACAAUUGAUGUCGUUGAUGUGUCUGCAAACGCAGUGGCUGCAAGUUUCUCUGCUCACACCACUAGUAUCAAAGGCCUAAAUUGGCUAGGAAAUUCAAGACUGGUUUCAUUCUCUAGUACUAGGGUAAGUAAACGAACAGGUGCGUAUAUUAAUAAACUCGUAGUCACAUGUCUUAGGAGUGGCCUUAGCAGAGGAUUUCGAGUUUUGCAAAAGCCAGAGAGAGCUCCUAUAAGAGCUGUUAAGGCUUCAUCUUCUGGGAGAUAUCUUCUAAUUUUGUUCCGUGAAGCUCCUGUAGAAGUAUGGGCAAUGACUAAAAGCCCUGUAAUGCUUAGAUCACUAGCACUACCAUUCACGGUUUUAGAGUGGACUCUCCCAACUAUUCCAAGCUCAGCUCAAAAGAGUCUCUCAAAGCAGAGGACAAUGUCAUUUAACAAAAAUAGAAAUGUCGCACCAGAUGAAAUUAGAACUCCAAAAGCAUCAGAUUCCAGUAAGCAAAGUUUACGUAACAAUUUCUAUUUAUUUUACCUUGAAACUUAUGAUGAAUUCAAGACUCGCGUUAUAGAAGAAGCAAAUGCUGCUGAUGGACUCCAAGAUGAUGCUUCCGAAAGUUUUGCGUUUGCGCUAGUUAAUGGUGCACUUGGCGUGUUUGAAGUCUAUGGACGAAGAAUUCGAGAUUUCAGACCAAAAUGGCCAGAAUCCACUUUCAAUACUUCUGAUGGGUUAAUUACUGCUAUAGGAUAUCGCUUACCUCACGUUGUCACAGGUGACAAGUUGGGGAACAUACGGUGGUGGGAUGUAGCAUCCGGUAACUCCUCUUCAUUUAACACUUGUAGAGAAGCAAUCAAGAAGAUAAAAUUUUCACCUGUCUUCGCUGGUGACGUUAGCAGAGGACGAAUAACUGUACUCUUCUAUGACAACACCUUCUCCAUCUACGAUCUUGAUUCACCAGAUCCAUUGGCCAUUUCUCUAAUGCGUCCACAAAUUCCUGGCACACUUGUACUUGAGCUUGACUGGUUGCCCUUGCGAGCUAGCAAAUUUGACGUGCUUGUGAUGUGUGUUGCUGGAACUGAUGGUAGCUUUCGCCUUGUCGAGGUUCAUCUAAAUGAAAAGAUGACAAUCCAAACCAAUGAGAGAUUCCGUCCUGUGCCUUUAUGCGUACCUAUGCUACUCCCAGUACCACAUGCCCUCGCCCUACGGAUGAUCUUGCAACUAGGUAUAAAGCCAUCUUGGUUUAACACUCCUAGUACAUGUAUCGAAAAACGACCGCAUUCGAUUCCUGGAAGAACUUCAUCUUCUAAGGAUCUUCGGAGUUUCAUGAUUGACUUCGUACCGAUCGGUGACCCAGCGGUGCUGGAAAUGUUGCUUAAAGUGCUUGAACCUUAUCGCUCAGAAGGAUGCCUACUCGAUGAUGAGAAAGCGAAAUUAUAUUCCAAUAUAGUUAAUAAAGGUUAUGCUGCAAGAUUUGCUUUCGCAUCAGCUAUAUUUGGGGAAGCUUCUGAGGCAUUUUUCUGGUUACAACUACCUUGUGCCACUAACCAUGUAGCCAAACAAAUAGCAAAAAAAUCUCCGGCUAAGCAUUUUGAGGAGCCAUAUACGCCGAGUAAAACUACACCAAAAGGACCAUCAUCUUCAACAUCUGACAAAAACUGUUCUAUGAGGGAAGGUCAGCUCAGACUAAUGGCAUUCGAACAAAAAGAAUUAUGGUCUUGUGCUAAUGAGCGAAUCCCAUGGCACGAGAAGUUUGAAGGAGAAGAGGCCAUUCAAAGCAGAGUACACGAGCUUGUAUCAGUUGGGAACUUGGAAGGCGCAGUGAGUUUGUUACUCUCUACUUCUCCAGAGAGCUCUUAUUUCUACCCGAAUGCUCUUCGUGCUGUUGCUUUAUCCUCCUCUGUAUCAAAAUCUCUCGUUGAGUUAGCAGUGAAGGUAGUUGCAGCGAACAUGGUAAGGUCAGAUAGAUCACUUUCUGGAACUCAUCUUCUGUGUUCUGUUGGAAGAUACCAAGAAGCAUGCUCUCAGUUACAAGAUGCUGGGUUUUGGACAGAUUCUGCUACAUUGGCAGCGACACAUUUAAAUGGUUCAGAUUAUGCAAGGGUGUUGCAACGGUGGGCAGGACACGUGGUGCACACGGAACACAAUUUUUGGAGGGGUGUGAUAUUAUAUGUAGCAGCUGGGGCGUUUGAGGAAGCUAUAUCAGUAUUUAAAAAAUUUGAUCAGCCUGAGACUGCGGCUAUUUUUAUUAUGGCUUGCCAAGAAACUCUAGCAGAGAGUUGGAGCAUUGACAUAGACAAUGAAAAUGUGAUGGCAGUUACCGAAUGUUAUGCGUUGUAUCAGAGUAAGCUUGUACAUCAAUGCAUGGACUCUCCACCAUUUUUUUACUGA